UUUGUCACUUACCUCAGUGGUAGCAGCCGAAACCAAAACAAAGGAGAGAGAGUCAGAUAAAAGGAGGCAGUGAGAGAGAGCUUGCACAGUUAUUGGGGGAGAUCAGGAGAGAGAGGGGGAGCCUGGAUAGCAGCUCAGACCGUGCCCUCUGUAACAGCACCCAUCAUCACCCACACAGCUAAAGGACAUGGACAUAGAUGACCCCUUGUUACAAGAUGCUUGGCUUGACGAAGAGGAAAAUGAAGUAACCUUUCAAUCCCCAAUUUGCACAUCUUGCCAAUGGACAUCAAAACCUUUAAAUGACUCAUUGACCCCUUGUGGAUUUUGGAAUUUUGUAGGUUGGAUAUUCACAAACCCAUAUUGUGCUUCCUUUUUACUUGCGCUAGGAUGUCUGGUACCCAUCGCCUUGUCCGUUAUCAUGUUUGUUCAUUAUCCCACUUUGGACAUUGACAUUUCCUACAACGCUUUUGAAAUUCGGAACCACGAAUCCUCACAGCGCUUUGAUUCGCUUACUCUUGCCCUAAAAUCCCAGUUUGGGACAUGGGGGAGAAACCGACGAGAUGUGGCGGAUUUUACUUCUGAAGCUUUACAACGUUUAAUCACUGAACAAUUGCAGCAACUUCACUUAAACAUCUCCCAACAAGACAGCGCCGAAAGAGUUAGACGAAGCUUGGUUUGGCAAAAUAACACAGCAAGGACUAACCUCACGAGCACUGUGUCUUUAAAUCCCAUUAGCACAACAGUAAAUCAAUCUCGACAUAUUCGGGGAGUCUCAAAAGGGGAUAUGCCUGGUCCUUAUGUGACCGCGAAUACACAAAGUCACGCCCAUUGGCGCAUUGAGCUUAUAUUCUUAGCUAGAGGAGAUGAUGAGAAUAAUAUAUUUACAAAAGAACGUCUGAUGACCAUUCACAGGAUUGAGCGGAAGAUUAUGGACCAUCCCCACUUCCGAGAAUUUUGUUGGAAACCUCAUGAGGUUUUGAAGGACCUUCCGCUGGGGUCCUACUCUUAUUGUUCUCCACCAAGUUCCCUACUUACAUAUUUCUUCCCGACGGAGAAAGGUGGGAAGAUCUACUAUGAUGGAAUGGGGCAGGACUUGGCCGAUGUUCAUGGUUCUCUGAAGCUGGCAAUGACCCACCCAGAGUUUUACUGGUAUGUAGAUGAGGGACUUACGACGGAAAAUAUGAAAAGUUCCCUUCUUCGCAGCGAGAUCCUGUUUGGGGCUCCACUGCCCAAUUAUUAUUCAGUUGAGGAUCGGUGGGAGGAACAGCAGAGAAAGUUUCAGAGCUUUGUGACUUCUUACAUUAGCAUUCUGUCUAAAGAAUCGACAAGUAAAGUACAAGUGCUGUACGGCGGAACGGAUUUGUUUGACUAUGAAGUACGAACAACUUUCAAUAAUGACAUGCUCUUAGCAUUCAUUAGCAGCAGUUGUAUCGCCAUCUUGGUGUAUAUCCUCACUUCCUGGUCAGUGUUUUUAUCCUUUUUUGGGAUUGCCAGCAUUGGACUGAGCUGUCUUGUUGCCCUUUUCUUAUACCAUGUGGCCUUUGGCAUACAAUACCUUGGUAUCCUCAAUGGAGUAGCAGCAUUUGUUAUCGUCGGAAUUGGUGUCGAUGAUGUUUUUGUGUUUAUAAAUACAUAUCGGCAGGCUGCUCACUUGAAAGACCCUCGACUCCGUAUGAUCCACACUGUACAAACUGCCGGAAAAGCCACGUUUUUUACCUCAUUAACCACGGCUUCAGCAUAUGCAGCCAACAUCUUUUCCCAGAUUCCAGCUGUUCACGACUUUGGUCUCUUCAUGUCGCUAAUCGUCUCAUGUUGUUGGGUGGCCGUCCUCUUUAUCAUGCCUGCUGCGUUGGGGAUAUGGGGGGCUUACAUUUGUCCACUGGAGAGCUCCUGCCAUUCCAAUUGUAGCGAAAGGUGUCUGAAGAAUAAUAGUUUGGACAUUUAUGAGGACCUACUGUUAGCUCAGGAUGCACCCCCCAGGUCCGUCCAGGGUGACAUUCAUUAUUUGGAUGAUGAUAUCCCACUUCUGACCGUAGAUGAAGACCCAGUGUCCAUUGAGUUUGGAGAUGUGCCUUUGGUUUCAGUCCUCCCUGACAAAAUAGACCGAAAGUCAGAAACCGACAAAAGAGACCAAGUGAUUCGCUGGCUGCAAGCGAUCCUACACCACUGUGUUCUGUGGACAACGGUGAAAGGCCGUUACAUUACUGUAGGUCUUUUUCUAGCAGUUCUUAUCCUUUCUAUAGCCUUUGCAACCCGUCUUCAUCCAGCCAGCCGUGCCCCCGUUCUGUUCAGGCCCGAUACCAACAUACAACUUCUUCUGGAUCUCAAAUACAAUCUAAGUGCAGAAGGGAUAUCCUGUGUUACCUGCUCAGGUUUGUUUCAGGAGAAGCCACGUAGCCUUCAGAACAACAUCCGGACCUCAUCGGAGAAAAAGAAGAGGGGUUCCAUCUCGCAAUGGAGUUCGAGAUCCUCUGGCGAUCCAGGGCAUCAGGCUCUUGCUGAUUUGCAAAGAACUGUAUAUGUGACGAGAUGUAAAUGGGAAGGACGCGUUACCAUCUACAGACUGUCUUUUAAUGAUACCACUACUGCACCUUGGCAGCCGGUCACUCCAGGGGAGGAUGAUGUAUCUUUGUUUCAGGUGUAUAAGGUUCCUUACGGUAACUUCACCAGGAAGCUGACAGCUUGUGUGUCCACCAUAGGGCUGCAAAGUGAGGCGUGUCCCAAGAAGUGGAUGCUAACAUCAUCAGCCUGCGAUGCUCGAAGAGGCUGGAAAGCUGACUUCACUUUCUAUGUUGCAGAUAAAGAGCAGCGGUAUUCCAGGAAGCUAUAUUUUGCUUUUUCACAUAAAAACCCCUCACACGGGAGAAUUUGUUCCUCUUCACCCAGUUGUCUUCCUGGAUCGGGAUCGGAUGGAGGAAAUAAAGGAGUUUUCUAUGUGCCCAAUGAAAAAGGUCCUCCAAGAAAAAUUUCCCCGACCCUUGGUUUUAAUCCUUGUUUAAACACUGCUUGUGGGAAGCCAGCAGUUCGGCCUCUUGUAGACACCGGUGCCAUGGUCUUUGUAGUUUUUGGGAUACAAGGCAUAAACAGAACAAGGGCCCCAGACAAUCAUGUCCUUGGAGAACUGGGCAGGGUGAUCUACGAUGAUAAAUUUGACCUAUUUAAAGAGAUUGGCAAUCUAUGUCGGCUAUGUAAAGUGAUCAGCAGUAACGGGGAGCUGGUGAAACCCGGGGGUGCUCAGUGCUUGCCUUCAGGUUACAGCAUAUCCUCCUUUCUCCAGAUGUUGCACCCUGAAUGUGCGAACAUCCCGGAGCCAAACCUGCUGCCAGGCCAGCUUUCCCAUGGCGCGGUGGGAGUGAAGGAUGGAAAAGUCCAAUGGGUUUCUAUGGCAUUUGAAUCAACAACCUACAAGGGCAAAUCUUCAUUCCAGACAUACAAGGACUAUCUCAAAUGGGAGACCUUCCUGCAAGAGCAGCUUCUGUUACUUCCUGCAGAUUCAGCUUUAAAACGUGGAUUCCAAACAUGCGAACACUGGAAACAAAUAUUUAUGGAAAUUAUUGGUGUGCAAAGCGCGUUAUACGGCCUUAUCCUGUCUUUGGUUAUUUGCGUGGCGGCUGUAGCAAUCUUUACAACACAUGUCCUGCUCCUGAUUCCUGUGCUGCUAACAAUACUGGGUGUUGUUUGCCUGGUAGUUACCAUCAUGUACUGGCUGGGCUGGGAAAUGGGUGCUGUGGAGGCAAUUUCUCUCUCCAUCCUUGUUGGUUCGUCAGUAGAUUACUGCGUUCAUUUGGUGGAAGGGUAUCUGCUGGCAGGGGAGAGCCUCCCACUUCAUCUUAAAGAGGACGCGGUUGCCUGCCGCCAGUGGAGAGCGUCAGAGGCUGUCCGCCAUGUUGGAGUGGCCAUUGUGUCCAGCGCAAUAACCACAGUUAUCGCCACCAUCCCUCUAUUCUUUUGCAUCAUUGCACCUUUUGCUAAGUUUGGAAAGAUUGUAGCCCUAAACACCGGGAUUUCCAUAUUGUAUACAUUAGUUGUGAGCACCGCCUUGCUCAGCAUAAUGGGCCCAAGUACCUUCGUCAGGACCAGGACUUCUUUUUUGAAAGCAGCCCUCGCUGCCGCCGUCUCUUUGGCCGGAUGUAUUUGUGUUUACAUUACACUGCUUAAAAGCGGUUUGAACAUCCCUGUUCUUAACGGGUCUCCCCCAUAGUGAAAAAUCUUUUUUAUAAAUUUUUUUUGUACGCAUUCAUUUUUUUCUGGAAGGCUAAUUUUAUGGUAUUGAGCAAACAAGCAAUUCACUGUGCAUUUUCUUCUUUAGAAAUUGACUUUUUUUUCUCAAACUGAUGCAUACGACAGCAGUCAGCGUACCAGCAACUGCAGGAGCCUGGCCGCUUUGAAACAGGCUCACGGAGAAUGCCACUUGAUCAGAACAUACUGUCCUACCAUUGUGCCGUAGCACUCACAUCGCAGCACAGCAGACGUGGCCUUAUGCAGCUUCAAAGGUCUAUUAGGAAAUCAAUAUGAGCACAGAUUUCACCUUAGGUGCCCUCUUUUUAACUUUUAACCACCUGCGCCCAAGGCCCUCUUUUAUUUAUUUUAUUUUGUGGGAUUUUUUAAAUAUAUAUUACUUUCUUAGAUGUCUCGCAUUGCCUUGUCUAAAUCUUAAUUACCCAAAAUGCAUUUUCACAGGUGUGUUAUAUCUUAGGAAUGCUGUAAGUUACAAGGGGUGUGGUUUAUUCCUAAUCACACCCAUGAGGAGUCUCUGCUAUUUUCACCGCUUUUAUUCUGCUUAGAGUGUCAGUGAUAGCCACUGUUUUCUGUUUUUUUAAUUCACAGCAUUGUGAAAUGUGUCUCUCUCUGGACCCCUGAAAUCCCGAUCUAGCUGGGAUUUUAUGAAGUUGUGUUAAGUUGUAUUAUAAAGGAACGUUUCCUUCUAGAAGCGAUAUCAUGUUGGAUCUUUUAUCCUUUUAGUUACUAAACUUUCCUAAUACAAUGAA